GUUUGUUGCACAAACGUCAAUCGUGUCUAUCUGUCGCGUUUCCCGUGUUUUAAUCGUGUUAUUAUUUAAUAAAUCGGGUGGAAAUGUUAUUAUUCGUAUAUGGAGAUAAUUAAAUAUGGGUACAAAAAUAUUAGAGGAUAUACGUAAUGACUUAAAACUCUUAAUUGAGUGCAUUACCGGCUUUCAGGAGGAUGAAGAAGGAUUCAUUUUAUGUGAGCGUUAUGCUCUCUCCCAAAUUAAACAUCAUCGAUACCUCUCGGUUAAUGGUCAUCAAGUGAGAAAAGAGAUCUCCGAGGUAGUGAAAAAGUUUCAAAUUCAUGCCAAGUACGAAAUCGCGGAAAAGUUUCAGGAACUCGUUGAUUCGUUCCUGAAUAAUUUCGAUUUUGAGAGACAUCCGCAGUAUGAUUUACAAUGGUCCCUCUUAUCUCUUUUAUUCAAUUUGUCUACCGAUACGAGCAAAUCUGAUCUGGCAAAUUUGGAACAAAUCGCAAAUGUCCCUUCGGACGAUAACAAACCGGAAAGCAUCGACUGGGCACGAUAUCUAAAAGAAGGCCAGGACGAAUUCUUUUCUAAUUACCAAAGCACCAGCGAUUCUGACUGGUCAGAUGACGAAGUAGAAGGCGUCGAAUCAUCAAAAGCCGAUCAAGAAAUUCCUUUAUCAAGUAAAGAUUUGAUUCCUAUCGAGGCUAAAAGUACGGACCAUACGGUACACAAAUUAUCGAAGUGUAUAACUGACGAAUUUGCCUCCAGAAAUUGGCUGGCAACUAAUGUUCAACAUUCUUGGUGGAAUGAACUUGAUUGGCACCAGCACCAAAACACCAGUAAAGUUCCGAGUGCAACUCUCUGUGAAUUUUGGCGGAAGAAUACUCUAAAAAGUCCGUGCAUAAUUAGCACUCUCAGCGAAUAUCAAGUUUGCCGAGAAUUAUUAUGGAUGUUUCAUGUGCAAGAGCCAAUGGCAAUAUUUCAGAGUCAAAAUGCUCUCGAAUUUUCGAUUAGGGAUAAUAUAUCGAUACCAAGUUUGACUGUCGCAUCUUUUAAAAGUAUUUUGCUAGCUUAUUGCGACUACUUCGGGAUAAUUCAUGAACUUGAAGAGUUUGGAAAAAAAUUAUAUUCCCGAGGUAUUGAGUCUGAAGAGAUUCAAAAACCGCCUUUGACUUAUGAAGCCUACAAUGCUGCAGUGCAGCAAUAUUUGCUUAGGAUGAAAGAAGAAGUCGUGAGAAUAGAGCAAAAAUUUAUGGCACAAGAGGGUUCGAAUACAUUUCUCACCAUUUCGAAAGAGUUAAGAAAGCAUUUGAAUUUUGUCCGAAUGCUCCACGAAAUUCAUCAAUCGGUAACCGCAAAUUGGGAAACUUGUUCGAAUUGGAUUCGAACUUCAAAACUACUUUCUACUCUUUACCAUGAGAUGCAAAAUUCCAGUAGUCACGAGAGGACGAAUAUGUGCGCGAAUUUAUAUUUAUCUGCUAUUACAGUUUAUUUAAAUAUAAUAGACGCUUGGUUAAGCGAAGGUCGUCUCGAAGAUUGGAGAGAAGAAUUCGUAAUCGUCAGAGAGAGGGAGAGAAGAUCUCAAGAAGAAGGGAAGUUGUACAAAAGAUUCGCAGUAAGAGAAUUAGACGAAAAAUGUGCAAAGGAUCCAAUAAUGCAACUUUUAUUGCAAAAAGUUUGCCAAAUGGGUCGUAGUAUCGAACUGCUUGUUACUUUGGACCGUCUCUCUGAUAUGUGGGACACCAUGAAUGAUCGAAAUGUAUAUUUUGUUACAGCAAGAAAAGUAACUUUAAACGAGGAAUUUCGCAGAGAAGUAGCAUCUGAAUCUUCAAAAUACAAUGUUUCUUGUGAUACGACGGAUAUAGUGGUGCCAAAAGUGCAGACUCACUUUUUUCAGAUUGCCGAUCAGAGUAUUCUGCAUCAGGCUUCGAUAUCGGAUAAUCCAUUUUUGAUGAAGGCUUUUGAAAGUUAUUUGCCGAUCGAUGAAAGUCGAGCAGAUACUGUUGAUGAAACAGAUUUGAAAUCUGAGGGAAAUAAAAAGACGGAAUCUUUUGUCAGAUUUGAACUGAUAUCGAACUCAAUAUUACCACUGAGAAAAGUUUUCGAAAAUGCCCUUUCGAGAAUUUUAGACUUUAGAUACAUUAGUGCGAGUAAACUAGUUAAAGAGAUAAUGAUAAGGGAGUAUAAAUUGGAGGAGAAUCUUAAAUUAAUGAGGAGUGUCUACAUGAUGGAGCGAGGUCAUAUAAUGAACAGGUUCUGCAAUCAGAUGUUUAGUGAGAUCGAGUCGAACAUUAUGUGGAAUAAUUCUUACUUUUUAACCGGCAUCUUAGAAGAAGUUAUUUCUGAAGAGUGGCCUGAUACAAGUUCUCGUUGGUCGAUUACAGUUGAUAAUGUACGAACUCAUCAUGUUCUGCAUGCAGUGAAUGGAAUCUCUUUACAUUAUGCAAUUGGUUGGCCUAUUAAUAUGCUUCUAAAUGAUGAAACACUGAGUAAAUACAACAGCAUUUUCAGAUUUGAAUUGAAAUUAAAGUGGGCUCUUUGGACUCUAAAUAAUCUGAGAUUUGCUGACCUCGAAGGUUCAAAAUCAAAGGAAGUAACGGACUCCUUGCAACAUUUUCAUAUGCGGCGACUCGAAUGCUUAAGAUUUUGGCUUUUACAUGCCAUUGGAGCAAUUCAUGUAUAUCUCUCAGGCCAAGUGCUACAUAGUUUGGGAAUCGCUUUAGAAAGUGAAUUAGCCCAGGCUGAUAAUCUCGACUCGAUAAUUAAGAUUCACCAGGAGUAUUUAAAUAAAGUGCAUGAGCACUGUUUGCAAACUUCGCAAUUCGAGGAUCUGAUGUCGACAAUAAAUCAGUUGCUUGAGAUGUGUGUCGUGGUUCGGGACACUUGGAAAACUGGAUCUCAAAAUCUAGAAGGGAAAAAGCUGGACCUUUUGGAAAGCACUUACAUUAAAUAUCACACUUACCUGGCUUUAGCUUUACAUAAUGCUGUUCAACAUCAUAACGCCACGUAUUUGACAAGCUUGACAUCUGCCUUUAAUUGCAGUAUGCCGACAACUUAAAUCCACCAAAAUAUCAUUUGUGAUUGUUAAAUAAUGUAUAUACAAAAAUCAGUAUUGUUUAUUAUUUCUUUGUAAAACUUCACCGAGGUUUCGUUAAUAUUUGAGGUGCAAUUUGAUAAUAGGACAAGCUUAAUUAGAAACAGAACAAAAUAACUUCUAAACUUCAGUUUAAAAAUAUGUACUAAAAAGACUGAAUCAGUUUCUUUAAUAUAAUCAUUCCUUUAGUUUAAGAUGUAAAUAUUAUAAUUGUCCAGCACUUGUGAUAU